GGUAGAAAGGGGCGUGGAUGCCAAAUUAACUCCAAGAAGUAAAACACCCUACCUUCAGAUCUCAGCGAGGGCAAGUGACAGCAGCACCAAGAGAGAGUAAAACUAUUACUAAACUAUUUGUGUUUUGGUGAACCAUCCCAUUAAAGCGGGACAUUUGACCACCUGUGAAUUAUGGAAGAAGACGGGUCCUACGCCGAGCGCAGCAGCGUCUCCGGCAGCACCCACACCAUCCCGCAGCAGCAGACCGAAAACACGGCGCUUCUUAUCUCGAGCUUCACCCCGUCUUCCGCCCCGUCCUCCCCGACCCCGACGAGCACCCUCUCACGGCUGGGCUUCAAAAGCCCCACCAGCCCGACCGCGGCCGCGCCGGGCAGCCCCGUCGACCGCAGCCAGGUGAGCGCCAUCACCGUGGUGGCGCUGCUCGACAAGCUGGUCAACAUGCUGGAGGCGGUGCAGGAGAACCAGCAGCGCAUGGAGCAGCGGCAGGCCGACCUGGAGGGCGCCGUGCGAGUCGUGCAGGGGGACGUGACCCGCCUGUCCAAGACCCACAUUAGCACCUCCAAUAGCGUCAGCAAACUGCUCGAGCGCUCCCGCAAAGUCAGCGGGCACCUGAAGGAUGUGAGGGAGCGCAUGGACAAACAGGCGGUCCAGGUGAAGAAGCUGGAGGCAAACCACAGCCACCUGCUGAAGAGGAACCACUUUAAAGUGCUCAUCUUCCAGGAAGACAAUGAGAUCCCCUCCAGUGUGUUAGUCAGGGACUCCCUCAAGACCCCACAACCAAGUCAGUAUGAUGCAGAAUCCAUCCUUCCUGCUCCGUCUGUUACCGGCUCUAUUGAUGGCAGUCGUGCCCAUGAGGAGGGUCUUCAGACCAUUAGCCUGUCCUCCGAUGACGAUGAUGAUCUUGCUGCACAUCGCGAAGAGUACGAAAUGUUUGAGGGCGAGGCAGCAAUGGGUUCCCGCCAGUUGGAGAGAAGGGCUGAUAAGUUCAAGCGCAACAGCCUCAAGAAGGUCGAUAGCCUCAAGAAAGCUUUCUCGCGUCAGAGCAUCGAGAAAAAGAUGACCCAGAUCUCCACCAAGAUCGUGCCACCGGAGCAGCGUGAGAAAAUAAGAAAGAGCCUCACCCCUAACCAUCCCAAGAGCCCGACUGCCAAGUCGUCCUCUUUCAAGGUGUCUCCCAUGACAUUCAAUGUCAAGAAGGUGCGAGACGGGGAGGUUCCCGCACAAGACAUGGGCUUACCUGGGGAAGAGGCCCAUGUGGAGAUUACUACUCUGGGAAGCUUGGAUGGAGAGAUUCCCUUGGCGGAGGUGCAUACCCAGGAAGGCGUUGUGGAGCAGAUCCAGGGGAUGCUGAGUUCCUCCACUCCAGAGAGCAUGAAGGCAGAGCUGGCAAUCAAUGGAGAGCUACCAAGCAUUGAGUGCGAGGAAAAUGGUGAUCGUAUUGCUGGCCUGGCAGUUGCAGAGCUUGAUGAAGAUAUUGGCGAGGAGGAAGAGGAGGAAGAAGAGGAGAAACACAAAAGCCCUGUUGAGACGGCAGCAGAUGCCCAGAUUCCCACAGCAACAAUUGCUGUAGAGCAAUCUUAAUAUGAUUCAAUUGAGCAUCAAUUCUAGUUUCCCAUUCUUUCUUUUCUUGCUCAAGUUUCUACAUUUAUGAACACCCAGCAGGCACAAAUUAUCCCUCCAUUGUAAACAGUCUUAUGUUCGUGUAAUAAACACCCAUAUACAAUAGAAGCAUACUCUCGGCUUCCUAAGGUAGUCCAUCCUUGGACCAUUCCUUCAACACUACCUUUGAUUAUCAGCUUAGUCUAAAAACCUUGACACAGACUGUAUAAGCAACUAGGUUAACAACUAGACCUCACAGUUUGUCUGAAUCCAGUGCAAGUGCUUACUAAACCCCUGUAGCAUGACGACAUAACAUAACUCACUCCCUUCAACUGGUGCCCACCUCCUCAAUAGCAGCACAUCUCCAGGGUGCCGGGCCAAAUAUCUCCCUGCUGCUGUGUUUGUCUGCCACUGGAGCUUUAUUCCUCACUGACAAGUAGCCCCUUCAUUCUUAGUUUUCUUCUAAAAAUAGUAAAUCUUCUGCACACCGCCUGUUGAGGCAGUGUGUUGCCAGGUUGUGCAAGAGUUGAAAUGGGGAGUUUCAGGGUUUUCAGUGAAAAGGUCCUGGGGUGUUUUGUAGUGAACUAGAAGUAGUUUACUAAAUUCUUUGGACCUGUGCUGAAAAAGUCUAGAUUUUAACUAACGGGUGGCUAUACUUCAGUAAUCUGAGUGGCGCUGUCUUGUCUCCUGUCCUUCACCUGCACAUGACAGAUUUUUUGUUAUUUACAUAGUGAGAUCUAAUUUGUCAUUUUCAACUUUUCUAUCUAUAAUACCCUACCUACAAUACCACAAGAACUGCAUGUGGUAGAUCAAAAUAUUUGAGUAAUUUGUGCAAAUUGAGUAACCUCCAGGUGCUGAAAAUAGGAUAUAGCAUUUGAAAUAUUCUAAAUGUUCUUGCAAUUCACACCAAUCAAAGUGUAAGAGAGGUACAAGAUAAAAUGAUUUGCAAAUACCAGUUAACACGCUUGUGCUCAAUUACACUAAUGCAAAUGAAGGACAUUGUUGCAGGAUAGAAGCUACUCUAGAUGCCUAGAAACAUGCAUUAGUACCACAAAGAACCCUGCAGGUUUGAAAACUGACAUACUUACUUUUACAGCCCUUUGUCUUUUCUGCAGGUUAACUUUGUAUGUUUAUGUACAUGAAUUGUUUUAGUUGUUUUCCAUGAGGCACACUCCUCUCGAGUUAUUUACAGCUUAAACACCAUACAAUAGUAACUUUAUGAUAACUGCCUUGAGUGUGUGUAUCUGUGAAUUUGUUUUGAGUUACUACAUGAUAUGUGGGUGUUUGUAAGUCUUCUUUUUUUUUCAGGCAUCCACAACUUGCAUGGUGAAAUGUUUACUCAGCUUCACAUGUUUAAGACAUAAACACUAUCUUAUACAUUUGCCAGGGCACCAUCACUAAAUCCCCUCCUCCUAGAUACACACACACACACACACACACACACGCUCAUACAGUGCUUUUACCUUGUACAGGCUGGUAUGAAUAAUUGCAGUCCUAAAGGGAUGGAUUCCUAUGAUUUUGGAGAUAAGAGUGAUAGUAAAACAUGUCUGAAGUUCCUUGCAGCUAACACUUUAUGGGGCAUAGUCAUAAAAGCUGAGAAUAUUUAAGUUUCAAGGAACUGCAAAUUAAUUCGCAAUCAACAUGUCUGGAAGUUUCAAAUAGUGACUUUAUCUUAUGUCUCGCAUUGUUAGUGGUCUGCCAGCCUUAGUUACAGAUGUUUAAUGCCACAACUUCCUAAAAAUAAUCUAGCAAGUGGUACCAGGUGCCAAGGAUCCAGAGACUAGAGAGGUCACAUAAUUGGAUAAAGGCAGAGGACAGCAUUCCUAGCUUUGACAAAUGAAUCCUGCUCAGCCCAUUUUUCAUGCUCUUGGCCUCCUUGUUGAGACAGUGCAAGGAGAGGAUGCUCUCUGGAGCCACAGGUGUUCUGCCCCUGUAGAAGCUCCUGGGCAUGAGCUUGUAGUGGAAAGGGGACAAGUGUGGGUGUCGGGAAGUUUGAGAAAAGAUGAUGAAAUUGCCUCUGGGGUUAGGCAUAUGUAUGUAAAAUUGUGAGAGUCUGAAAUACAUUAGACCUUGGGAACUGAAAUACGUUGUAGGGGUUCAUACCAAUAUUUGGCACUGCAGGACUCCUUUACCUAGACCCCACUGCAACCAUUAUACUGUACAUAUUCUAUAUAAGCAAUGGAUUUCUAACUUGUUUAAGUCAAAAUAUAGUGCCCCAAAUAUUUUUGAUAUCUCAACUAUGCAAAAAAAAGUCAUACUUUAUUGAGGUCUGGUAAACACAAUAGAAGGUAGUGCACAUGAAUUAGGAUAAAUAUUUAUAUAGUACUUGACUUAAAGCCUUUUAUUCAUGCAUCACAAAAAAUAACUUGCCAGUUUGCUCAAUGCAAAGAGAAACUAAAUAUAGACAUAAAAGAUUUUAAAGACCUUGUUACCUGUGUUUAGUAAGUGUGCUUAGUCAUUCUGAUGAUGUUUCUUUCUUUUUAAUUCUUCUUUGUAUGAAUAAUCUUGCUGAAAAGGGAUUGAACACUAGGCUUAUGUGUACAUUUUUUGAACUGUAGAGGUUAAAAUGUGACUGGCUUUGAGGUAUCUUCUAUUUAUUCAUGCAAAUGUGUUACUUUGAUGAUAUCUUUGUCUGCUAUUGUUAAAAAUUAAUAACUAGAUUUGUGUACGUGUGUUACAGUCUGUUGAAAUCAGACUGUUUAAUCUGGAUCUUAUGUGAGAUAUGUUGUUAUAAAGUUCAAACACCAGAUCUCUGCAGCAUUUGUGUCGGGUAGUGAAAUUGUGUUUUUACAUCAUCUUUGCUCAUACAGAGUUACUACUUUAUAGCCUGUUUAUUUAGUUAACCACUUAAACCAAAGAAGUUUCCUUCACAGCAGAAGAUUCCCUAAAUGACUGCCUCCUGAUACUUGUUUCAAGCAUCUUGUAAACAUGCAGGCAAUUCCUAUCAGAAUUUAGUAUUGUAUACAUCAAUAAAGAUUUUAUAACAUCCAAA